AUGGGCCUUGGACACCAACAUUACCUCAGACUUCAGGCAUCUGCAUGUUUUGUGGUGGCAACACAUGCAUGGACAUCAAUAGAGAUCCCCUUGGACCCUGAAAUAGACCCAGUUACCAUGACAGCACAGGUCACUCAGAUUAGUAUUGCCCCUGAAGCAAUAUGUACCCUGGAAAUCAACAUGGCUUCAGGUGGGGGCCCACACCACAGUCCUUCCAUGGUAAAAUGGGCCACAGAUGUCUAUACAAACCCCAGCUGUGGUAAAACCAUGGAUCCAGACAUGGCCGUGGUCAGAAGCACAGGCCUGGGCAUUACUUGCCCCAGAAUUCAUACUGGAGAGAAAUCAUACAAGUGUGAAGAGUGUGGUCAAUAUUUUUCCUCAUCUUCAUCUCUUAGUCGACAUCAAACAAUUCACUCUGAAGACAAUCCCUACAAGUGUGAAGAGCAUGGAAAGUGUUUUUCCAGAUCAUCAUCCCUUAGACAACAUCAAACAAUCCAUUGUGAAGACAAUCCCUACAAGUGUGAAGAAGGUGGCAAAAGGUUUUCUUCCUUUUCAUUCCUUCAAAAACACCAGACAGUUCAUACUGGAGAGAAACCACACAAGUGUGAGGAGUGUGGCAAGUGUUUUGGCUCAGCUUUAUUCAUUAGACAUCAAGAUCAUCAAACAGUUCAUACAGGAGAGAAACCCUACAAGUGUGAAGAAUGUCACAAAGCCUUUCAUCAUCACUUAUCCCUUAAGAAACACAAGAAAGUUCAUACUUUACAGAAACCCUACCAGUGUGAAGAGUGUCAAAAAUGUUUUUCCUCAUCUUCAUACCUUAGAGAACAUCAAGCAAUUCACACCAAAGACAAUCCCUACAAGUGUAAUGAGUGUGACACAUGUUUUUCCUCAUCUUCCACCCUUAGACAACAUCAAACAAUCCAUUCUGAAGACAAUCCCUACAAGUGUGCAGAGUGUGGCAAAAGGUUUUCCUACUUUGCUAAACUUCAAGUACAUCAGACAGUCCAUACUGGAAAGAAACCAUACAAAUAUAAGGAGUGUGAAAAGUGUAGAAAGUGUUUUGACUCAUCUUCAUCCCUUAGAGGACAUCAGACAAUCCAUUCUGAAGUCAAUCCCUAUAGGUGUGUAGAAUGUGGGAAACAGUUUUCCUAUUCUAAGAGUCUUCAGGAACAUCAAAUAAUUCAUACUGGAGAGAAACCCUACAAGUGUGAAAAAUGUCACAAAGCCUUUCAUUAUCACUCAUCCCUUAGGAAACACAGGAGAGUUCAUAAUGGAGAAAAACACUACCAGUGUGAAGAGUGUGACAGAUGUUUUUCCUCAUCUUCAGCACUUAAGCGACAUAAAAAAAAAGAAAGAAAGAAAAGAAAAGAAAAUUCAUUCUGA